GUUAGCAAGCAGGCCGCUAGAGAGAGAGAGAAAAGAGCGAGCGAGCGGACGUGGGGCGUGGGCUACAGGAAAGAGCCCCGCUGAAGAAAACCGGCGUUUUCUUUCUUUAUCUUUUACAAACUUCUGGAACAAUUUAACGACAUGAGUCGAGGUAAGGUUACGGUGGGGUCCCCCCAGGACACGCUGAUAGAAAUGAGCGAGACCGCUUCACAAACUGGAGAGGACAACAACGGUUUCUAUCCCAACUCAGAGCGUAUUUUACUUCAGGAUGCUAAGGUCGAUAAACACCAUCAGAGUAAAGACUCCGUGUACUUCAGAGAUGGUGUCCGGCGGGUAGAUUUUGUCCUUUCAUAUGUGGAUGAAAAGGAAGGAGAAAGAAAACAAGAAAGAAGGAAACUGUAUGAAGCUAACCUGCAGAAGGCAGGGCUGGAGCUGGAGCUUGAAGACAAAUCGGAAUCUGAGGAUGGGAAGACAUAUUUCCUAAAGAUCCAUGUCCCAUGGGAGGUGCUGGCCACCUAUGCUGAUGUUCUAAAAAUUAAAGUGCCUUUUAAAAUCAAUGACAUACCUGAAAGCCGUGAGAUACCUGCCUCCUGGCUCUUCACACCAUUCCGCCUGCCUGGGGAUGUCAUGAACCCUGAACCAGACUACUUCACCGCGCACUUUGACAAGAGCAAGAUUGAUUUUUUUCUUAUUGAAAAUAAAGAUACCUUCUUUCCAAGCUCCACACGCAACAGGAUAGUAUAUUACAUCCUCUCUCGUUGCCCUUAUAACAAAGAAGACAAACUCAACAAGGACAAGAGGGGAAUUAAGCGUCUUCUUAACAAUGGAACCUACACUUCAGCCUUCCCUCUGCAUGAUUGCAGCUACUGGACAAAGUCUCAAGACCCUAACUGUGAGAAUGAGAGGUAUAGCCUCUACAGAUACUGGGCUCAGUUCUUCCGUUUCUACAAGGAGCAGCCACUCAAUCUUGUUCGGAGAUACUAUGGGGAGAAGAUUGGGAUCUAUUUUGCUUGGCUGGGCUUCUACACAGAAAUGCUGUUCUAUGCUGCUCUGGUUGGACUCAUCUGCUUUAUCUAUGGAUUGGCGACCUAUGAUGAUGUUGUCUGGACCAAAGAAAUCUGUGAUGAGAAAAUUGGUGGAGAGAUUGUCAUGUGCCCCCUAUGUGAUAAAAAAUGUGGCUAUUGGAAACUAAACAGUACCUGCAACUCUACCUGGCAAUCACAUCUUUUUGACAAUACAGCAACAGUGUUCUUCGCUAUAUUUAUGGGUAUAUGGGUGACUCUUUUCCUGGAGUUUUGGAAGCGGAGACAAGCCAGGCUAGAGUAUGAGUGGGACCUGGUGGACUUUGAGGAGGAGCAACAGCGAUUGCAGCUUAGGCCUGAAUAUGAGACUAAAUGCACUAGCCGCCGUCUAAACCGGGUCACACAGGAGAUGGAACCUUACUUACCCGUAACAAGCAAGUGUGCACGAUCCAUGCUGUCCGGGGCCACUGUCUUGUUCUGGAUCUCACUGAUCAUUGCAAGUAUAAUUGGGGUGAUAGCGUAUCGGCUGGCAGUGUUUGCUGCUCUGGCUAGUGUCAUGAAGGACAGUCCUACCAAUAAGAUGGAAUUAGUGGGCUCAAUUAUCACCCCCCAGCUGGCCACUUCUGUCACAGCCUCCUGCAUCAACUUUGUGAUUAUCAUGAUACUGAACUUCCUAUAUGAGCGUGUGGCCAUAUGGAUUACAGACAUGGAAAUCCCCAAAACACAUCUCGAGUAUGAAAACAAACUGACGGUUAAGAUGUUUCUGUUCCAGUUUGUUAACUACUAUUCCUCCUGCUUCUACGUAGCCUUCUUUAAAGGAAAGUUUGUGGGCUAUCCUGGCAAAUAUGAAUACAUGUUCAGUAAGUCGAGUGGGCUAAGGAAUGAAGAGUGUGACCCUGGUGGUUGUUUGAUUGAGCUGACAACUCAGCUUGUGAUAGUGAUGGCUGGAAAACAAGUGUGGGGGAAUAUUCAGGAGGCCUUACUUCCCUGGAUACAAAACUGGUGGAGCAGCAGGAAAGCUCGCAACCACCCGGAGAGUCUGUACAGCCGCUGGGAGCAGGAUUACGAUCUGCAGAACUUUAGUCAGUUUGGUCUUUUCUACGAGUACCUGGAAAUGGUGAUUCAGUUUGGUUUUAUCACAUUAUUUGUGGCCUCCUUUCCAUUGGCUCCUCUCUUGGCUUUAAUGAAUAAUAUUCUUGAAGUGCGUGUGGAUGCAUGGAAGUUAACCACUCAGUUCCGCAGGCCUGUAUCAUCUAAAGCGCACAGCAUCGGUGCCUGGGAAGAGAUCCUAAAUAUGAUUGCUGUCUUCUCUGUAGUAACCAACGCAUUCAUUGUGGCGUUUACCUCUGAAAUAAUACCUCGGCUGGUGUAUCUGUACGCGUAUUACCCAGGCUCAGAGCCGACUAUGGAGGGUUACAUCAAGAAUAGCCUGUCCAUCUUCAACAUCUCGCAGAUCCCAUCUGCACACAGACCUGAUGAUGGUGAAAAUCCUGCCUGGUUCAACAGCUCGAUCAUUACCACCUGCAGGUACAGAGAUUACCGCUACCCCGCAGGCGAUGAGAACGAGUACAAACACAACAUGCAGUUCUGGCAUAUCCUGGCAGCCAAAAUGGCCUUUAUUAUUAUUAUGGAGCAUGUUGUGUUUGUGGUGAAGUUCUUUGUGGCAUGGUUGAUUCCGGAUGUGCCGUCUGAUGUGAAGGCUCGAAUAAAGCGGGAGCGCUACCUGGUUCAUGAAUACCUGCACAACUACGAGGUGGAGAAGCUCAAAGUGCAGCUGAGUCAGAACGGAAGUGGAGGGGAGUGCAUCUGUCCCGAAGUAGCUACUGUAAAACACGAGGUGUUGUCUGAGUGCCUGACCUAGCCUGGGCCACUUUCUCUCACAAUAAACUUAUUAAAACAUUAUUAGCCAUUUACCUCAUACCUGGCCACAAACACUUUGGACACAAGUCAUUAUAUUUAAAUAUCCUACAUUAGCUCUGUUAUUUUGAGAAGUUUAAUAAAGUCAUGUUGUGGCAGUUUUUUUUUUAAAUCUGUGACCUAUAGAGCUGACCAUGUUUUUUGUUAUAUGCUGUUGCCUUUUCCCUCUCUCUGUCCAAGUUUUACUUAAUUUGGAAUUUUUUUGUUUUGCAGCAAGCUUUUGUACAUCCCAGUUCAAUGUUUGAGAGAUGUCUGUUUAUUUAAAUACAAAUACAGGAUUGUAAAAUCCCUUAUUGCCAUAUUUUAGUAUAUUUUAAUCAUAGUAUCAAUAGAGGUAUCAUAUAGAAGCUUGUCAAUCAAUGGUUUAUGAAGAUGGCAAAAUAUUGUUUAUAUUUAUUUAAUAGUGUAUCCUGUUUUAUUGUCUCCAGUUGCACAUGUUGCUAUUUUAACUUUGAUGUUGAUGCAAAAGCUGUGUAGAUUAAAAUAAUUACGUCAUACACUAAACAUCACCUGGGGUUUUCACCAUUCACCAUCAUGCUGUUAUGACACCCCUAUGCAAAUUAGAUUGUUAUGCAAUUUCACAAUGCCAUUAAAACAAGAGUAAUUCUGUACCAAAAAGAGUUGAGGUACCAUGUUUCACUAGUGCAGCCACACUUUGUUUUACAUGAAGAUAACUAGCUGAUGAUAGCUGAAGGCAACCAGCACAUUCUAUAAACCAAAUUACAGUGAAGCCUGCUAUUCAAAACUGAAGUGUUAGUAUAAUGAAGAAUAAGCAACCUUUAAUACAUGGUUGAAAGGGCAGGCUGGCGAUGUUAAUGGAUUUUAAUGUGCCUUUGUUUAUCUACAUGUUUAUUUCUGUGAAGGAAAAUCCAGCUGUAGUCAUGGGGAUACGGUGGCAGUAGUUUUGUUUAAUUUUGAUUCAUUUAAUUGGCGAGGAAAGUGUCAGGAGUUUUUUGCACAGAGCACUUAUUAAAUAACUUUUUGUUUGAGUAUGUAAGUGCGAUUAUUGCAUUUACAUUAUAGUAUCAUAUAGUCUUUUUCUAAUCAAGAUGGUGUGUGGAGGAGAUUAAGUCAUGUGAAUCACUUUAAAUACUUUGACAACCACACCCUGUCGUUUAUUUUCCAAUCGCUUUGAAGCAUUGGAGCACGAAAAAUAUUGUGUUAACAGUUAAAAUAUUUUUACUGUUUCUUUGUUGUUGUUUUUUAAAGGUGUGUGUGUUGGGGCGGAAUUACCAUUUUUGCACCCUUGCAGAUACAAUUACAAAGACAAAUAAUUAAAUGCAAUGUUCUACUUUUGCUGUUUUUUUUUUAUUGAUUUGUUUUUUAAUUGUAUUCUUAGCUUUUUCAGUUUGCCUUUGGUAAUUACUGAAUUAUGACUGUUAAUUUCCUUAAAGAGUUUUGUGAUGUAGAUAUGUACUGUAAAGUAUAUCUAAAAACGAAGAAUACCUAAAGCCAUAAACACUAGAUUUUCUGUGCACCAAACCUAAAAAAUCUGUGCUUUUGUGUCACUAACAACCUUUGAGUUUAAGUUGUCUAAUUGAAAUGAAUGAUAUAGAUCAGAAAAAGAGUUCACGUUCAGUUCUUUCUGAGAUUUGUUUGAUCAAAUUAUAUAUUUUCCUAAAUGACAGCUUGCCAUUACUAUACUGCAUCACUUGUCAUGUCAUGUAUACUGCACAAGUUGUAAAAUGCUGGUUUCGAAGCAGUCAAUUUAUUCGUUCUGCAUGUGAAUAAAUAUCAUUUUCAAUAAAACACAAAUUGCAUUUUUGUA